AUGGAGACCACAACCCCAGUUCCAGUCCUGAACAACGAAUCAGCAGCGACUGAUAAGCAUGCCAGAUGUAGAAGCCGACGAAACUUGUCCCCUACAGACACAUCUCAACCAGAUAGUAAAAAGGUCCCUCUAGUGCAAAAACCAGAUCUGCCGACGCCCACAGAAGAAACUGACGUCAUCCCUGGUAUCGUACGAAAUAGAAUUGCUGUGUUUGAAAAACAACCACCACUCUCAUCAGAAGAAGUGCCGACCACGAAGAAGAUCCAUUUAUGCGUCCAUUACAUCAAGCCAGAUGAACACACAGCCAAAAACGGAGUAGAAGCUUACAACAACUUGUCGUCCUGUAGACCUGAUUCUCCCUGCACCUUCUUGACUACUGAGGACAGUACUGAAGAUGAACCUGAGAAAGUGUCGGAACAACUGGACGGCGCCCACUGUGACAGAACAUUGCUGGAAAAAACACAUGGAGAGAAUGUUCCAGAGUUCAGUAUAGAUAGUGACACAGCCAAGAAGACCCCUUUGUUGACAGCAUUUGCACAACGAUCUGAUACCGAGUACAACAGCUCUCCACCAAACGAUAAACUGGGUCAAAAUACUGUCCAUCCUGAUACGCCACAGUCAACAGAAGGAUUACAACGAUCAAUAUUUAAAGAGAUUAACACAGUUGACCGAGAAGACCCAUCAACUAUGAGUCUAGAGCAAGACAAUCCUGUGGGAGACACAUGCCGACCAGAGUUCCACCACAGUGGUUCUCUGUCACAGAUAGACGAGGAGAAGCUUAUUGACGAAGUUUUCAGGAUCUUCUCAGAAGAUUCAGUAGAAUCCAUCGACGACUUUAUAUCUCAUUCGCAACUGGGAAGGCAUGCUACUGCGGAACAACCAGAUCAUUCAGACCUUCCUGUGAGUCUUCCAGUUGAUGCACACUCUGGUGUGGCAGACCUCACAUCCAGUGUCCACCAAUCUGUUUCACUGGAUGUACAAGGGUCCCAAACUAUACUGGAGUCUCAAAAGAAGUCCAGCGAAUGGGACAAAACUGCAGCUUGCACAACUUUGGGUUCGAGUGUCAGCAAAGACGUAGCACAUCAGUUCCAAACGAAAAUGGCAGGGGAUGACUCUGGAGACCUCGAUCCCGAUGUUCACCACCUUGUUUCGCUCGACAUAGUAUCAGGGUCCCAAAAUCUGUCCAGUGAGCCAGGAUCAAGUGGUAGCAGAAAUAUCGCAUCUCAGUAUCCAGUGAGACUGGAAGAUGAAGUACAGUCCUCCAGCAUACAGGACUCGGCGAUCAAGAACCCAGAUGAGGAGUCACGUGUAGAAGUUCUGACGGACGACGACAUCGAUCUGAUUUACCAGUCGUCUGUUCUGGCGGACACGGUUGUACAGACGAGUGCUGAUGAGCUGUUCGAGGAACUGUACGAAAGCCUCCACACUGAUGACGAAGCAGAAUCUGUAGAGCAGUUGAAUGAAAGCAGGAAGUCGCGAACUGCACCCGUCAACGAGUCGCUGCCUCAAACUGUCACCUCCUCAUCUGAGUGUGGUCCAUCGCAGGCUGACAUGGAACCGACAGCACUAAAUGAAUUCUCUAAUGAUGACAGUGCGUCUGGUUUACCCCAUUUGCAAGAAGCACACCUGAGAAGCACAGAAACUGAGGAUGAUAUAGAAGAAAAUAAUAGUGCACACGAGACAAGCAGUAAUGAGGAGACGGAGAUUGGACGACAAUGUUUGGAUGCAUUUAUGACGACAACUGUAGAGGACCAAAAUGGUGAACAUCAUAAGGAAAUUACUGUACUGGCCCCUGUCACUAAGCCCAAUGGGGAAUCGCAACCACAACCAGCACCUCCGUUCAACGUCGAAUGUGGUGAUGAGAGCUACCUUUCAGCUCCCACCGCUGCUUCUACUGAGUCACCACAAGAAUUCAGAGCGGAAAAACUAACUGCAGUUCAGACUUUUAAAGAUGCUUGUGAAACGACUGAUGAAAAAUUCAGCAGUGAACGACAUGAAGAAAAUUCUGAGAACUGCGAUCUGGAAGCAUUGGGGGGUAAACUGUCCAUUUCCAGUGAUCAGAGUGAGCACAGGAAUGAUUGGACGAUGGGAAGCGAACUGAAGUUUCAUGACACUGUUAGCACGCAGGCAGAUGACGUUCAACGAAGCGAAGCAGAUAAUGAAGUAGAAGUAUCUGGGUUACUGGGUACAGCAGAAAAAGUCGUUGUAGUACUUCGUGCUUCGGUAUCAGACCCAUUUGAGCCAUCUACUGAGAUGGCGAGAGAAGAAAGUUACUUAAAUAGUCAACAAAAUGGUCCUCAUAGUCAGGGCUGCGUUUUCAGUCCCAACUUUGCAUAUGCUGGAGCAGAAAAGAAGUCAUCACAACCUGAAGACAAAGACCUAUACUGUAAGGAUACGUUGGGGCUUGCUGAUGAAUCGGCCUACAGUGGAGAAAGCGAAGACACUGAGGCCUCUUCUACUGAGAAAGCAUCAAACGUUGUAGAAGAGGUGUCAGAGUGCUAUAGUCACGAGAAGAUCCAGAGCUCUGGAGAAAUGGUAACGGAUACAGUAAUGGCUAUUGCAGGUUCUGUGGGCGAAACUAUAAAAUCAGAAGCCUCGUCCAUAACUAUUGAUAUUGUUCGAGAAACAGGUGGAGAACAGCCUCUUGCUGGAAACAUGAACGAAGGAAAUGUCGCUGAUGAUGCGGACUUAAGCUUGUCUCCAUUAACUGCACCGUGUGCAUAUCCAGUGGCUGAAGUUCCAAAAGACUACGUGGUCGAGCGGGAGGCGGGAGAAGAAAGCGAGCAAGAGGCAGCUGGAAGAUCAUAUGAUGUGCGUCUAGAAGUCGUGCAUGUGGAAAAGCAUAGUGAAGAAUCGACAUAUAAAUCAGUUUCUAAAGCAAUUGAUGGCGAAACGACAAUGCUCGAAUUACCAUCUGCACAGGCUACGAAUACAACCAAUAAUAGGGUUGUAGACGAAGUGGAAGUACACAGCAGUAAAAUGGAGCGACCUGAAUCGCCAUCUGAUCAGAUUAUUCAGACAAGGGAUACAAAUGUUGGCGAUACUAUCGCAGAAGAACAGCAUGGAGAAACGACAUCAGAUGACACUCAAACUGCUCAGGUCGCAACGUCUGAUGUAUUGAUGGAUGAGCUCGUAACAGAAAGUUUCAGCGAAGGAAUUACACACGCUGAAACAUUGUCCAGUGGAGGUGCCCAUCCUUUCAUGGCACACCCUAUCAGCUCUUCCUUCAACAACAAUGCUGCUGUACUACCCUCCAAACUUGAGACAGAGAAUGGGGAGUACAGCAGUGCCGCGCAAGAAAAUAACGAAACGUGUGGAGUGUUAAUCGAUUUUGGCAUUGAUACCAGUGAGAGCCAAGAUAAUUCUUUAUGUCAGAGACAAAACUAUGGGCCCAAAGACUCGUUUGAAAAUAGCGUCCCUUUUCUGGUAAGUGAAGAAAACGAAAACAAUGCUAGUGGAGGUGCGUCCGACGACAUUCUGAACUUCACAUUACCUGCGGGAAGCUUGAUGCAGCCUGGCACUAACUUCUUCGAUAGCCAGUUCGACUGUUUUCUAGCUGAAAAAGUGGUGGAACAUUCAGGAACCAACAAAGAUCUGCUACUGUCAAGACGAGAUGAUAAACUAAUGACAUGUUCUGAAUCAGUUGCACCAGAGGCCCCGCAUGUUGAUGACAGAAAAACAGACGUUGUUGGUGGAAUUCCUGACAAUGGCGAAGACAAAGAACGUUCCACUAAACAAAGCGUUGAACUUACUGGAAGUUAUACUGGUUCCUCUGAAAUUGCUGCAGAAAGAGAGCAGCCUCUGAUAUUGGCACGUGGUUCUCAGGAGGCAAAGUUAGCGGAAGAUAAAAUACACACUGGGGAAUCAGAAGUAACGACUGAUAUGGAUCAACAGCAUGAUAGCAUGUUAAAACAGAACGUUAUACCAGCUCUUGAGCAACAGGGCAACGCUGAAGAUGGUAAUCCACAUAAAGUACCUCCAGUUCUACAAACUGAAGAGAAAGAAGAAACCGAAAGUAAGCAAGUUCAGGUUUCCAGAGACACUCAAUACUCGUCUCAGAAAGGUAUAGGCGUGAAUGAAUUGGCCAGUGAAGAAGUAAAUGGUCAACAGGAGGGCGAGAAACAGACAACAGAAAAAGAAUUGGCUCAGAAGGAAAUAGAUGAAAAAGAGGUAGUGGGAGAGGAGACCACAGCCGGUGUAAUGGCUCAAACAGGAAUAGAGAAUGUAAAUAUGGAAGAGCAAAAAGUAAUUGUCAAUGAGAAACAGAUGGGAAAUAUAGAAAUGGAGGUAGUAGAAAAGGCUGAGGAAUGUAAGGAGACAGAGCAAUCGGAUAUGGACGAGUCAGAAAAUAGAAGCAAUAAUUCUAAGGGAAUAUAUGAGACCACAGAUCUAGUGGAGAAAGGGAAAAUAGUGACUGAGAAUGACAAGGAGGAAGGUGAGGAAUAUAAGAAAAUGGUGACAGAAAAGGUAGAAGAAUUAGAAAAUGGGAAGAAAAAUUCUAAAGGAGAGAAUGAGAUAAAAGGGGAAGAAAUAGAAGAGAAUGAAUUUAAAGGGAAAGAAAGAGUGACAUGUGAGAGAGAUAAGUUAGUGACAAAAGAGGUGGAGCAGGCAGAAAAUGAGAAUAAGAAUUCUAAAGAUGAGACUGAGAUUAGAGAAGUAAAGAGAGUGAAAAGUGAGAAAGAGGAGAAGGGGGAGGAGUGGGUGACAAGUGAAGAAAAUAAGCUAGUGAUCGAAGAGAUGGAAGAGGUGGAAAUUGAGAAGAAGAAGUCUGAGGAAGAGAAUGAACUCAGAGAGGGACCGGAAGAAGACAAAGGGAGAAAAGGUGAACAGAGGAUGACAGGCAAGGAAGAUAAACUGGUGAUGAAAGAGUCCAAAGAAAAUGUGAAAAAAUCUGAGAAAGCUAAUGAGAUAGCUGGAAAGGAGAAAGAUGGGGAAGGUGCAGUUUCUGGUGAUAAUCCACAGUUACCUGAUUCGAUCGAUUCCCAGCCCACGCCUAAACCAUUGCUUCUUGCAGAUGAGGAUGAUGCAGAGUUCCAUCUGUGGCCAUCAGACGUGCCUUUGGGUCCACCAUCAGGUAGGAGUGGCGUCUGCAGUCCUGUCAACGCGUUUGACGACUCAUUGGUUGACUUUGACUCGGUUAUCUCCGCCCCCAGCCUAGAGGAAGCCCUGCGCCAGUUUGAGGAUGGACUGGAGCGGGCACGUCUCCAAAACGAACGGGCAGCCCAGGAGAACUCCGACAGCGCAUCGGGUCAGUACGAUAACACUGGAAGUGCUGCAGGAAGAGCUUCAUCGGAGGACGCAAAUGACUACCAGUCGACACCCGAAGGGCAGUACAACUCAGGCGAGGAACAGAGAGCUGGCGAUACUGGUGACUCUGGCUACAUGAGCACAGACGACUUGCACAAUUCACUGCACCGCAGCCCUGACGUAAGCAGCAUCAGUGGUGUUCCGAGAAACAAAUCGUCUCCAGCACAUAAUGGGGUCAAAUCUGACCUGCCAGGGAGGUGCAAGCCCUUUCAGAAGUUCACCAGCGACGACAAGGGACACACUGGAGAAAGUGGCUUCAUGGGGCCAGCUGAGAGGGAAAUCUGGGGCUAUCAGGACGACAGCGACGAUGAGUCAGAGUGGAGAGAGGGUGAGAGCACGCCUGUUAGGUACUACCCCAGGGUGCUGUCACCGGGACCACCUCCGAUGGGACCAAUUGCUGAGGAGGGAGAAGAUGGAGGACACGAUGGGAAUAAGACAGUGGCUCCUGCCACGGGAGGACAAUCUGCUGUGAAAGCUGAAGGCUUGCAAGAGGAGAAGAAAGCGAGUCCAUCCAUCACCCAAGCAUCAAAGUCCACUUUCUCAUCCUCAAACAAAAGCCCAGACUCGUUUGACGAUUCAGAUAACAAGAGUUCUGACAAUGCGUCUCUAGCUGACAAUGAGAGGUCAGCUACUCCCAGUGACGAUUCUCGUGAUAUGUCGCCGCAGGGGUGUCGAGGUACUGGUGAAGGUGAUCCGUGUGCCACGAGUCCACCAGAAAAAGGUAUUUCCAGUGUCGGCAACUCUGCUGUAGAGUCAGUGAGAAGUCAUCUCGAAAGGGAAUUAAGCGUUCCUAUAAUAGUCAUAGAGGACGCGGACCUCGUAGACAAUCUGUAUACAGCGUUCCCACCACAGAUAGACCGACAGGUCUUCAGCGAUUCGGAGGUGUCCGGCGAGACCCAAGUUAAAACUCGACCGCGCAGGAGGAGGCUUAUUUACUACGACGACACUGACUUAGACGUGACGAAGGCUGUGGCUGCGAGUGACGCAUCUGGAAGGCCUCGACCUGAGUCACGGACAAAGACAUCCGGCAGGAAGCACGGGAUGAGGUCCAGAGAGGACAAGAGUGGCGCUAGCAGCGAUGGGAGUCCCUCUAACAGCCAAGCGAUGCUGGACACUGACGGCGACGUGUCAUCGAGCAUUCUGUCAGAGAGUGCAGAUGGGACGUCUCGUUCUAAUGAGAAAUUCAGCGUCACGACUUCUGCCGAUGGGAAUUGCAAUCUGGAGUCUGUCAAGCUGGCCAGUUCCAAAGGUAUAGGCAAUGAAACUCCUGCAAACGUUUUCAAUGAUGAAACUGAGGAAGUACUCACUGCUACUUCUGGGAAUGAUAUAGAUGAAACUGUAAUUCCUGUACAAGAUAUUGUAAUACGAAAUAAUUUGCUAGUAACUGAUAGCACUCAGUUUCCAGACACUGACGUUGGAGGAAGCCAGAGUUGUGUAAAUACAGAGGGCAAAGAAGCUGUUGUGGCUGUUACAUCGGAUGCAUCCAUUCCAGGUGAUGUACCUGUGAAAGAUGAAGAUACUACCCCCAUGGUUAGAACUAGCAAUGUCACCAUUUGUGUCAUUGGUGCCACUCCGACACCAGAUAUUUUGGAUGUCAAUGGGGAAGCAGAAGUUCGAGCACCACAGGAUAGCGAGGUCACCAUUCCAGAUGCCAAGGACAUGGAUGAGAGUAUGGAAAAUGCCACUGCGUCUGAACCUGCAAUAAAAAUGAUGCAUACGAAUGAACUGGUACCCAUUUCUGAAGUCAAGGAAACGCCGGGAUCAACAGAUGGAGUUAUCACUGGAGUAGGUCAGCACCCAGCAGACUUAGCUGGUAUGGAACCGCCAAUUGACCACAGCAGUGCAGCCAGCUGCCUCGCUGCUGUCCCGGUACCCAGCAAGGUACCUCCAUCGGCGGCACAGAAGAGGGUGUCCCAUUGGAAGCAACUGUGGGACGUGCGCUGCAGCUUCCAGAAGAAGAGAGACCGGGACGGUGGAGUCCGGAGGAAGAGGAAGUCCCCAUCAAUUCGCAUCCCAGGCAUCGUCAGCAGGUGGAGGAAGAGUUUUGAGGCCUCAGCUGGAUCAGCCUCUUCAGCAGGCAUUUCAGGCCAGGGUGGGGCCGGAGCGUCCAGCUGCGUCGCUGGCGCCAGCGGCAUGACGCGCGCCAGCCGCAUCCGCCAGUGGCGCCAGUACUGGGACGGGCUGGCGAGUGCAGAGGCCGCCCAAGCACACCGCGACACAGGUGCCACACGUAAACUGUCCAAACUGCCACCAUCUGCUGUCGCACUGUUCGACCGCAGCCAACGGGACGACCUGGGGACUCCAGACGAGUGUGCUCCUUCAGCCCACCAGCAGAGUGACAGCGACCUUCCAGCAGUGUCCAGCUGGAAGUUCCAGUCCCCGACACCUCCACCGUCCUACCAGGAGUUGGUGCUUUCCGGAGUCAUCAAGCCUCCACAACCUCCGGCACCACGCAAGAAGCACCAUCGGGCACACGUCCAGAGGGCUCCUCCUCUUGUACCUAUGCAUUCGACCGCUGCAGUCCGUAGUAAUGUCGAGGACCCUUCUUCUCACGACCUCCCCACUACUAGCGGGCCACUACAGGAAAUGGCAGCGCUCAAUACAAAAACACUCACGACUGUCGUUCCAUCUGCUGAGCAAGAUCCACCUGUGGAAGAUCAAAAAAUGGGUGUGAUAGGUGCAGGUCAGCAGAAGUGCACAGCCUCGGAAGGUGUGACUCCUGAGCGAGUGAACAGGUACUCCAUUUCCAGCAUCAGUGUCAGUGAGGGGGCCGGAGUAAGAGUUGUGCAGUCACCAGAUAACAUACUGACACCUUCACAGGACACGCGCGAGAAACCCAUUGUGGAACUCAGAGAAGAGGUUGCGACGCCUGAACCUGAACCCCGUAUCUUAGAAACUAAGAAACCCCAUAUAUCAAGUAGAUAUAUUUCAGCUAUUGGAGCCAAGGAAGAGUCCAUAACAAGCACACGUCCAAAGACUUCCAAAGUGGUACAUAUGACUAACAAAAAAAGGGCCCAGUUGGAAGAGGUCACAGACAUACCAGUCAGAGAUUUAGUAAGGAAUGUAGGGCCAGUCAAGAACGUUGUUAUCAUACCACGGACCGCCAUGGACGAUACCUCUUACACAUCUGUGUACAGCACUGAGAGGUCAAUGUACAGAACUGGCAAAACGGAGAGGGUCGAAGUGAAUGCUAACAGUUUCGGAUCAAAGAUGGAGAGCUCUCAAGAUUUAAGCAAGGAACAGGAGCCCAGAAGAGAAACACCCACCUUAGUAGCUUGGGAACAAACAGUUGGAGAAGCCUCUGGCAAUUUGGCCUCUCCUGCAGUGACAGAGGCAGCAGUGACUUCUAGACCGAGUGGUGGUGACCGGCGACAGAAGGAGAAGGACAAGGUGUCCCUGGCGGAGUUCCUUGCCCUGGAGGCGCAGGACUUCGACAGUGAGGACCUGGCCAGCGUCCAGAAGCUGUCGGGUCUGUUUGACGAAAAGAAGGCCAGGCCGGCCACUCCGUCAAAGACUCAGACGCCUCCGAGGUCGCCCACGAGGAAGCCAGUGGUACGACCAGCUCCCGUCACUGCCAGCAUCGGUGAUUCCAGGGACUCAGAGGUGCAGCAUUUGCCAGAGGUGAAAGUGCCAGUGGUACGGGUAGUGGUGGUGGAGGAGGUGAAGAAGCAGCAGCCUCCCUCACCGUCACCCUCCAGGAGGGCGUCCUUUUCUGGAGAACUCCGGAGCAGGCCGACAGCGCCCGCAGUGGCAGCUCCGAGGCCGUGGUCACCCACACCUCAGCCGUCUGCUGCUGCCGCAGUGGACCAAGGAGCAGAAGAUGCUGAGAGCCGCAACCGGUUCGAGCGGGCGCGCAUGUUCUUCCAGUCGCUGGAGAAGUCGCAGGGCUCCAGCAGCAGGUCGGGCUCCCUGGACUCGGCUCCCCCAUUCGCGGAGGCCGAAGAUAACCUCUCCAGCCAAAGGACCAAAGGACAUAACGGACGACGGCGGCGCAGCGGCGACGGAGGCUCCGUGACGCCUGGUGGGGGCGUCCAAUGGGAGACGGGUGGACCGCGCUGGCAGAGCCGCCUGGGGGAGAGGCCCGGAGGCAGCGAACGGCUGCCGCGAAAGGUGUCCGAAAGGUUCCACGUCCGGGACCUGUUCCGCGAUGUGCUGGGUGAGGGCGGCGUGCGCGGCAUCCCGCACCAGCAGGCAGUGUUGGCAGCCCUGCGCAGUGUCGAGAGCGACGGCAGCCGACCCGUCUCCCCCUACGAGGAGCUGGCAGCCAGUGGGGGCAUCAGCAGCCCCGAUCCGGACCCAUACCCAGAUGCAGACUCAGAUCCAGAUCCAGAUCCAGAGCCAGUGCCGGAGUUGGACUGCCGGCGGGGCUGCAGCUCUCCGGAGCCGCAGGCGUACCUAUCCGAGUACCCGUACCUGCCCAAGACGCCGACCCGUCAGUUCCGACCGAGACCAGCCCUGCUCCAGCCCACGCUCAUACCACGCAGGGAGCUGCUCAAGACGGAGUGACUCUCCACCGGCACGGGACUCCUCAGCAUUGGACAGUUGUUCACUAUGGGAACUCCUCAACAUGGAACAUCCACCCAAUGGGGGCUCCUCGACUCGGGACAGCAAUCCAGUAUGAGAUCUCCUCAACAUAGGGCAGUCCUCCACUGGGACACCCCUCAACAUGGGACAACUAUCCACCAGAGCAUCUCCUCCACAUGGGACAACUGUCCACUAGAGGACCAACAUUAGACAAUUAUCCACUAGAGGAUCUCUCCUCAACAUGGAGCAGUCCUUCACUGGGGAACUCCUGAACGUGGGACAGCCAUCCACUGGAGGAUCUACUCAACAUAAAGCAGUCCUCCAGUGGAGAACCCCUCAACAUGGACAACUUUCCACUAGGGAUCUCCUCCACAUGGGACAACUGUCCACUAGAGGAUCUCCUCAACAUAUAGCAGCCCUCUACUGGGGUACUCAACAGGGAUCCACUAGAGGUUCUCCUUAACAUGGUACAACUAUCCCUCAGAGGACCUCUUCAACAUAGAGCUGGCUACUCCAUGGCGUGUUGUGUGCACCACGACCAAAUAGUGGAUAGAAUUGGAAGGAAAAUCAGCAUUGGCCGUACUUUUGUUGUUUUAUUGUCAGCAAAAUCGAUUUUUGGUCACUUAGUGACCAUCCUCAGUGCUGUAAUAUACAAUUAAGAUUGGUAGGCACUGGUA